UCUCUAGGCAAUUGCCGCAAUUUAAAGUUUACCAGUUUUCCUAAACUUGGCUUCCGGUUGGAGAAUCACACGGUUCGAACAAUUGACGUCGUUAACGGGGAUCUCUGCAUGUUUCAAUGCUACCUGGAACCUGACUGCGUCAGUUAUAACUUCUGUGAGAUAAAACAGUCGUCUGGAAAACACAAGUGUGAUCUGAAUAACGCGACUAUUGAACACGAUCAAGACCUGGUGGAAAACGAAAGUUGUGUUUACCGCGGAGCAGAGGUGAGGAUGAACUCUAUGGGCUGAAAGUAAUAUUCAUUGUCCGAGAAAGCUUUAAUACCGGACCAAGGGAUACCCUAGCCUCCCUAACCCGUUAAUUUUACCCGCUUGCAACGGAACAAAGGAAUACAUGCAAGGAAACUAUCAUGCCUGCAAAAAUAUCAUUUAAAAUUUAUCUCUUCCUUUCCUUUCUUAGAAUGCUUGUAAGCAAAAUCCUUGCAAGAAUAACGCAACAUGCCAAGCUGGGUUUACAGACAGGGACUAUCAGUGUUUGUGUGUUAAUGGAUCUGGAUUUAAAGGCCAUGAUUGUGAUGAGGGUAAGGAAUCUUAUAUUUUUAUUAAGGCAGAAACGUAAUGUAUAAGUGAUAAGCUCUGCACGACUCUCCCUCACAUUGAAGUUCUUCUAGGUGAUUGGGAAGACUUAUUUGAAAGGGAUGAGUACCGAACAAUCGCGAACACCUCAGUAGUUUGAUAGUCACAGAAAAUCGCUGGUGAAAGCCUUUGCCUGGCACAAGUUAUUCAAAAUACAAAAGAGGACUUACAUACGAACAACUCUGUUGCUUCUCAUGGUUCAUCUUGGAAAGGGAUUUUUCAAUCAUUUUUGUUUUUUAACUCAUUCAGUCUCAAUUUUCUUUGACGCGGUUUCUUACCCACCAUCUACGCGAACAGUCUGUAAUCUCUCGGUUUCCUUUCUUACGAAGCGAAUGUCAAUAAAACUGAGUACAAAGUUUACGCAAAGAUCAGACGUGAUCCCAUGUCUAGAUAAAGACAUAAAACAAUGAAAAUCUUUAAGCAGACAAACUCAGAUAAAGUCCAUCGUCUUCUUUUCCUCUUAUAGACAUAGACGAGUGCUUUUCUGGUAAACAUAGCUGUGAGGGUAAUACCACGUGCAAUAACACCUUUGGAUCGUACUCAUGCAAGUGCAAGAAAGGAUAUCAGGGAAAUAACAAAAACUGUACAGGUAAGUAUUCUUAUCUGACAACAGGAAACGUUCACGUGAAUACGAAAAUUCGUGCAGCCAAAGCAAGUCAAAAUAACCUUCACAUUCUAAUGAUAUUCAUUUUGUUGUCUCAGACAUAGAUGAGUGUUUGAACGGAACACACGGUUGUGAUGUGAAUGCUGAGUGUAACAAUACCCUGGGAUCUUAUAAGUGCACGUGUAAAGAUGGAUUUCAAGGAAAUGGAACCAAAUGCACAGGUAACUAGUUCUGACAUAUUCGUACUCCGUCUUUAACCUUCAGUUUUUCAGGUUAGUUAGAAAAACGGUCUAAUUAAAAUUAUUUUCUUUUUCGAGUUCUUGUUCUAGAUGAGUGUAUGAACUGAACACACGACUGUGAUGUAAAUACUAAGUAUAACAAUACCCUGAGGUCUUAAAUUGCACGUUUAAAGAUCGAAUUAAAGGAAAUGGAACCAACUGCACACGUAAUCAGUUGCAACAUACCAUACUCUCUAUUUUGUCGAUGAUACCUGUCAUGUGACAGAAAGGAAUGACCAGAAAACAGAACUGUUUUUUGUUGAUUUAGAUACCAACGAAUGCACUAUGGGAAAUCACGACUGUGAUGUGAAUGCUGAGUGUAACAAUACCUUGGGAUCUUAUAACUGCACCUUUGAAGAUGGAUAUGAGGGAAAUGGAACCAAAUGCACAGGUCAGUCAGAAGCCAAGGUACCAAACAAUGUUUUCACAAUAAAAAAAGUAAAACCAAUUGAUGUAAACUUGGCUGCAUUAGACAUGAAGCGAAGUAUCGGCGAUGUGUAAGUUAUCGGUUGAACGGACGCCGGCACGAGUCACCCUGCAACAAAAUUGCAGGGUGACUCAGAAUUUUUUCUUCGUCUUACGCUCGUGACAAGACAAAAAAACAUCUUUCUUAAUUCUUUACUGGACUCAAACACUUGUAACCAGACCAAAGUUAACAAUACAAACUGCAGAGCUAAGAACUCUCUUGUCAUUGUGCGGAUGAAGUGCAACGAAGAAGCUAGUUGCGAGCUGCAUCCAGUUAAUUCAGUUUUUAGUGAUCCAUGCCCUGGCACAUUUAAAUACUUGGAAGUCAAAUACAAGUGUGUCAAUUUAGGUAAGUAGCUAUAGUUAUUGUUGCAUGCUGUGAACUGUGCUACCAUUUGGGACGCAUUUGUUUUAGAGUUGCAUUAGGCGCUAGAUCACGCGUCCAUUUUCAGGGCGUAUUAAAAAAAAAAAAAGGGGAAAGAGGCAAUAUAGUUAGUAUUCAAAUAUUUAAUCUUUUCAUGAAUUCAUAUCUUUACACUUUCAUCAAAGACAUGGCGGAUGACAAUUCAUUUGGUUCCGGAGUUUCAGUUUCAUUUUGUCUCGAGUGGCGCCCGCCAAAGGGAUAGAUUUUAUGCACUAAGGAAGAAGUUCUGAGCUGCUAUCUAGUUGGUGAAUCCUGGUUAGAUCACGUGUGAACAAAAGGAGUAAUUCGUAAUCAAAUAUUUAACAAGAUACCUCAGAGAGUGUGCCGACAAAUGGCAGAAGAAAAUCAUAGUAAGAACAGUGACCGUCUCAUUCAAGGUUUGACGAAAACUUUGAAAUUUUAUUUAAUAGCAUCAAAUCGCUACGAGUCAAUUGGUUGCUUCAAAGACAAUACAACCAGUCCUGCCAUAGAAACAUUGGAAGGAAAAGAUGAUAUCCUGGAUGGUAACUACACGACAAGGAAUGAUUCCAUCGACAAAUGUUUUCGUGCUGCCGAGAGGCAAAGAUUUCACAUCUUUGCGGUUCAGGAUGGUGGACGAUGCCAAGCCAGUGCUUCGGCCAUAACGACCUUCCACAAGUAUAACCAAUCACAGCAAUGUCCGCCUGGUGGUAAAGGAGGAAAGCAAAUCAAUCAUGUCUAUUACAUUAAGGGUAUGAGUGUACUAAACAUUUUAUACCAAGUUAUCCAUGCUACAACCGCAGUGCCCCGCAAGGCUGGAAUUAUGGAUCCCCGUGAUUUAGAUUUAGUCGCCCUAAAAAGUUUUGCAAAUAUUUACGUAUAACCCCAUACUUCUCUAAAACAAAGCGGCAGUUAUUAUUUAUGCUGCUGUUUUCUGUUACAAAGAAUUCCGUGCAUAUUGGAAUGUUAUGUUUUAAGGAAAUCUUGCUAAAGCUUCUGUUUCAAUAAAAUUUGCUUAAAUUAAAGGCGAAUUGUCGCUUAUACAUCCAUUUUAUGUGAUGUGUGAUGGUGAAACACGAUUUCAUUUUAAUUUUGUGGAUAGGCGUUUCUUUGUGUUUUGUGGAAGCAAUCAUUUGCCUUUCGAGAAGACCACGACUUCUGCAGAGAACUGCUUUUUGCAUACUUCACUUGCUGCAGACCUGUUACUGGAUUCUAUUCGAAAUAUUUGAGAGGGGAAUUUUCCGAUAACCCAAGGGAACUGACAUAACAGCAAAAUCAAUCGAAAACCCUAUUCCUAUCAACUUCCUACUUACUGGAACUUUUUCAUUUUUGGAUUGAAAGGUAGAAAAAAUUUUGGGCCGUUUUUUUCUUUUCUGGAGGAAGUUUCUAUUACAGAUCAUGAAAAAUCCGAAAAAUUUGAAAAAGUGUAAGCAACGUGGAACUGUACACCUACCCCUCCCCUGACCCAACAUUAACUCAAGCUGUUUAUGAGUUGACUGUGGUUGGGUUUGGGGAGGGGUAGGUGCGAGGUUGCUCUGAUCAAGACCGACAUUGAUCUAAAGUGUGAAUGACAAAAUAAAAUACACAUGCAAAUAAUGUUUCUUGAAAAGAACACUAUAAUGAUCUCUGAAGUGAAUAUGAGACGACCUCAGGUGAUUCCUCAGAAAAAAAAAAAUUUCGAACAAUUUUUUCCUUCAAUGUUCCUUACCAAUGUCUGUUUCAAAAACUACAAAAAAAAAAUAUAGGUCACCAUGCUUCUUAUCUCUUCGUCCUUCGCUCUGACGAAGAGCUAACGCUCGGAACUUCAGCUUGAAACUCUUUACGGCGGUUCGUUACCGACGUAGCACCAUAGUUUCUUUUGAAACUUACCCCCUCUAUUUACAUUUUUGUUACCCGGUCUAGUUGAUAGUUACAAUGUUGUACGGCUCUACUUGCUGUUUACUCUUUCAGGACAUAAAAGUGUUGGAUGCUACAAAUUGGAUGGUACAAAUCGUUUAACCCAUGAAUUGACUGGGUCCGAUCCUAUCUUGAAUGGAAUUUACCCUGCACAGCCUGGGAGCUUCAUUUCAAUGUGCGCAGUGGCUGUAAUUAGAGCAGGUUACAGGUUAUUUGCAGUUGAGAAUAAUGACACGUGUUCAGCAGAUGCUACUACACCGCAGAAAAUUAAAAAACUUAGGGAAUCUAAGAAGUGUGGUCUUGGGGACGCCAAUGCAUUUCAGGUUUACAACAUCAGAGGUAAUUUUAAAGUGCGAGCCCAAUCUAGAAGCCCAUUUCAACAUUGAAAGAAAGGAAUAUUUAAUUAAAAUUUAAAUGAUACAUUUAUUACAAUUCUACGCUUCAAAAACCGAAUUAGCUGUCUGUUAAGAGCAUCUUUUUUAAAGGACCUUUUGGUCUCGGAACUCAGCAUCGCUGGUAGCGGCAACAAACUGGUUUAUUCCAGUAAUUGAAAUUUUCAUGAAAAUGAUACCUCCCCGCUCAAAAAGCUUUUGUACGCAUGCCAAGUAUUAAAGUGUCACUCUUAAAUACCUUUUCUAAGGUUCAAGAAGUUCCAUAAUAAGCUAACUAUGAAAGCCUCAUCGGCAAAAAAUAGCCUUGCGUAAUUCCCUAUAAUCAAGUUUCUAUAUGUAAUUGGGAAUUUCUAGAAAGACCUUUACCUUAAAGGUUGAUCAAGCAUUAUUCUAGUCAGGUUCGUUGAAUGUUUUAGAAGUAUUCUGACCCACGAGCAAGUAGACACGUUUUCGUAACACAGUCAAACUGAUAUCUGUUGUUUAUCAUGAGCGACCGACAUAAUAACACCGCUUUAAAAACGUUCGCCCGUUUUGGGUUUACAUCAACUCAUUUCGGAUAAAGGAUGAACGUCAUCAAUUAAUCCAACAAUUGGCAGAAAAAAUAAUUAAAACGAGAUUUCUAUAUAUUGUGGGCUUUCAAAGUUUUAUGUGGGAAAAUGCUUGAUAACAUAAAUGAAGAGACCUGAUGCUCUUGAUCUGUUAAAAUGAAAGAUUAUACACCAAGCUCUUCGCAACAACGUUUACUCACAAACAUAUAAUCAGAACUAAGGAGAUAUUUUCUCAUUAACAAAAUACACCUGAUGUGGGCAGAAGUCAAAAUGUACUUGAUUAUGUAAAAUGGAAAAUAUCUACCAAUGGCGUGUGAGCAAUUUAAGGUAUAUUAAGAUGUUGCGACUCUCUUUUUUUAUUUGAUUAUUUUAGGUUUCCUUUUGUUUUAAAAUAGAUUUACGUUGUCUUGGAACACUUGGUAUGGAAAGUGGUGCAAUCACUAAUGGGCAGAUAAGUUUCUCGUCCCAAAAAGAGAAUAACGCGAAAAUUGUAAGAUUACAUCACACAGGGACGACUUGGAUAGCUGAUGAGAAUGAUAUUUAUCAGUGGCUUCAGCUCGAUCUCAGGGCUCAAAACACUGAAGUAACACGAGUAGCAACACAGGGAUCCCAUAAACAUAACAAAUGGGUGAAGAAGUACAAGCUACAAUACAGCAACUAUGGAGUGAGAUUUCAAAACUACACGGAACAAGGACAAACCAUAUCAAAGGUAAAACUCAUCAGAGGUGGGGAAGGGUUCUAAAACAUGAGCUGCUCAUUGUACACAAAGCCAAGUUCAUUCCUCAACUUAAACUUCCCAAUGUCUUCUUUGAGUAGUUUACCAGGACAAAAAAUCCUCUUUGCAAUCAGAUCAGCUUCGUUUCUCGAUUUGUUAUGAUGCAUGAGUCGGCAGUUUUUCAAGAAAAUUGUUACGAUGUAUGAAAAUUUCAUAAAUUUACCAUUUUCUUGGCCUAGGUACAAAUCUCAUCUUGAUCCAGUUUUUUGAUUACCCUCAGAUAGAUAUUUGCAGAAAAAUUUCAACUUAAUUUUACCGUAGGGUGGCAUGGGAUGAAUUUCAUGAAUCAAAUCGCUCGUGAGAUAUUUCACUAUUUACCCAGCGAAAAAAAUUGCAUAAUAUAAUUAUAUAGAUUUCAUUUAAAAAAAUUAUUAUGUAUACGAAGCGGGCACGUACCGCGCAUUUUGAAUAAAAACACUCAACAUUUAUUUCACAUCUAUUAUGAUGCAGGAAUUUGACGGAAACAAAGACAAGAACAGUGUUGUUUAUCACGACCUCAAUCCACCAAUCACAGCAAGGUACAUACGUUUUCUACCAGUGAAGUGGAUAAGUGAGAUAUCAAUGAGAGUGGAAUUGUAUGGAUGCGUGAAAGGUAAGGAAAAUGGCUUUCCUCUAAAGCUGAUAAUCACUGUAGAAAUUACAGUUGAUCUGCUCGUAGGCGCUCUUUAAGGUUUUUCAUUUCGUUGAAAGUUUCUGUGAUUGUGUUAACGACAUUUCUUAGCUCAGUGUGAACUACCCUUGAUUAAUUGCCUCAUGAUCUCAUAGCUGCUUUUAUUUCGCUGCUGUAGAUAAAUUAUAUUUGUUUCUGCUAACCUUUCGUAAACAGAAUGUGGAAGAUUUCUCGGCAUGCAAAGCGGUGAAAUCUCUGACGGACAAAUAAGCGCCUCUUCAGAGAGAGACUCUAACCACUCCGCCAGUCAGAGCAGACUUCAUGUUAUAAAUCCUGACAGAGAGGGAUCUUGGGCAGCUGAAAAUGAUGAUACGGAUCAGUGGCUGCAAGUUGAUCUGGUUAUUCUGCACACUAUAGUGACACGUGUGGCCACACAGGGAAGUAAUGGACCCAAGAGGGAGUGGGUUACAGAGUACAUCCUGCAGUACGGCAACGAUACAGAAGUGUUCUACAAUUACACAGUCCCAGAACAAAACACAAUGAAGGUAAAAUUGAUUUGUUGUGAAUUGAUUCCCGUUUAAACAGGAAAAGAAGUAUUUUUGGAUGAUCAUUGGCAGGGGUUUUGCCAACGCACCGCCAGUAAUAAUUGUAUAAUAUCGCGGCCCCUAAGAGGAACGACUAGAGGAAUGGUGUAUGAAUGAGUUGGGGGACUGUUUUCGCAUCGUAAUAACUGUUAUUCAUAAAAUUGAUUCUUAUCAAAGAUUUAAUGGAAACCUCUUAUGUUGUUACUUCAAAGGUUUUUGCUGGAAACAUUGAUCAGAAUACCGUGGUUUAUCACGACCUUAACCCACCAAUCACAGCGCGUUACAUUCGUUUUAAACCAGUAGAGUGGCAGGACUGGAUAUCAAUGAGGGUAGAGCUGUAUGGCUGUGUACCAGGUAAGGCCUGAAUGACAAUAACGAUUGAGAGGUACCUCUUGUAACGAGUAAUUUAUACCAGAUAAUACUUCAUUUCCUGUUCAAAAGCGAGCGCUUGGAUAUUGUUUGCUGUGUGUCAUCUCAAUCACAAUCGAGCUGCUACAAGUUGACGCGAGUUUUCUGAACCAAUAACAGGGCGAAGAACCAAUACAAUCCUGGACAACUUGUUGUAAUCAUUUGAAAAUUUUCACUGUCACGUGUGAUCGCCGAACCACAAACUGGAAUAAUUUGACGAGAAAAACUACGCUAAUUGUGGGAUUGGGAAGGAAACCUUGUCUUCUCUUGAGAUUUUUAGAUUCCCUAACAACAAAACCUCGUGAUGGCUCAACCGUACAGUUUUUGAAAGUAUCAUGUCGGUAUUCAAAAACACCAUUUUGAUUCUGGUCGGCAAUCAAUAUGUUAUUGUCGAAUGUAAUCUUUAGAUGUAAUGAAGUAAGUCAAUGCCCGACUAUCGAGAAUUUCUACUCUCUAAAAAUACAAACGUGAGCAAGCGUCGGAAAAUGCACAGUACGACUUGUUCGAACACUCCAAGUGACUAACGUUUCUAUUCCAUUUUUUCGGUGAUUUAAUGAUUUACGUAACUACAAGAACAUUUCCUCGUAAUAGUACCAUUAGUAAUGGCAAAAAAAAAUCUGACAAUUUCUUACCAACAACAUUACUUUUAUUUUAUGGUUUUAUGCAGGAUUUACAGCUGUGUUUACAAAUCUUGGUAAGAUUGGAUCAGAGGGUCCAAAGUCGAUUGGUAGUCAUUACAAAGAUCAAGACCAUAACGGACAAGUAACAGUGUCCAGCGGUAUUCAACUGUGGACUGUGCCACGCACUGGUAAAUACAGAAUAGAAGCAAUAGGAGCCUCAGGGGGGUACAGUGAGAACAGUUUUAUCAAAACCGGAGGAAAAGGGGCACGAAUGAUUGGAAACUUUAAUUUGACCAAAGAUGAGAUCAUUCAUGUACUUGUUGGUCAAAAAGGGGAAAAAGGGAAUGGAAACCCAAAAACUGCCGGAGGUGGAGGAGGUACAUUUGUAGUGAAAGAAAACAACAAGUCUUUGAUUAUAGCUGGAGGUGGAGGAGGAAUUAAAAAUGUAUUGGAACAACAUCCAGGAUGAGAUGCGUCCAUAAACACAACAGGGAAUGGAGGGUAUAACUUUCCAUUGGGUUCAGGAGGAAGCAACGGAAAUGGAGGAAACGCCAGUACAAAAUAUUCAGGUACGCGGAGAAAGAAGAAAAAACCAAAUAAUCAGUAGGUUCAAUCCACCAGGACAAGAGGACGACAGUAAUAUUUAUCAGAACUUAAUUAUUGAAAUUACUAAUUCCAACUUUGAAGUUUUUCUUUUCUCGAAGGCAUAUCAGUUUUUUAAAAAAUCCUACGCAUUACUUCAUGUACAUUUCUUUUGUCUUGAUAAGCUGUUCUAUUUCUAGCAAUUGACUACCAAAAAUAUUUUUGAAUAAAUUUCUAAAAAUUGAGAAGUGCACUAAGUUGAUAAUAUUGCGAAUCGUCGUUUAAACGCUCUUAAGUAAGUAAUCAAAUAGAAGCCAUUUAUGGGACAACUGCUUCUCAGUUUUUUUUUAUUGUAGGUGGUGGCGGCGGCGGCUUCUACAGUAAUGGACAAAGUGCUUGGAACUCUUCUGGUCAAGGAGGUCAAGGAUAUCUUCAGGGAGGAGAGGGUGGAAGUGGAAGGGGUGGGUUUGGAGGUGGCGGUGGUUUACGUGGAGGUGGCGGUGGUUUACGAGGAGGUAACGGCGGAGCUGGAGGCGGUGGAGGUUACUCUGGAGGGAAUGGUGGAGCUAAUGAACAGUUUUCUUGUGGAGGAGGGGGUGGAUCUUUUAACAGUGGGACGAAUCAGCAGAAUGAAUGUUGUUUUAAUAGGUAUGGACAUGGUAGAGUGAUCAUCACGUUUCUUCAGUGACAUGCCCUUGGCAGCACUUUCUCUAACGUGUGAGGCUAAUUCUGUUUUGAAGGCUGAUUAGUCUUUAAACUCCGGAAUUGAAUAAUAUUUUGUUUAAUAUUCAAGGUCAGUUACUGAGCACUUUAAAUUGUUGGCCAAACGGUGCAACCUGAGGAAUUAAAGUCAUUUGUUUUUGAGUUCAGAUUUUAGAUUUACAAACAUAGUUUUCUGGAAUAUUUUUUUUUUGUGAGCAUCUCCUGACAUAAGGAUCACGCUCCCAUAAAAACUGCUGUUUUUGUUCCUUUUCCGGCUCUUUUCUGAGCAAUUUAUCAGAUGGACAUGUGCAUUAAUUGAGAACUAAUUAACAAAUAACAUGCAGGUAAUGAGGACUAGUAAGUAUUUCGUAGAGAAAAUGUUGUGAAAAUAGUAUUUCAUAUUUUUCUGCACUUCAAUCAUUACAUAUAUUUAAGAAUGAUUUUCAACAGGCUGUAUUUUUGUACCGCGACCGGCGCCGGUUGCAAACUGUUCGCGAAAAGUGUGUUUUACUAUUUUGUGAUACGUUUGGUGUUUUAUGGUUUUUAUUAUUGGAAUACAUCAUUUUUUAUUGUUUUAGUUUUGGUUUUAGGAUUCCCAGUCAAUUGAAAAAGGGUUCAGCUUCACUUCUAGCGGAAUCCUGUAAAGUGACUGAAAAAAAUCGCCCAGGGUUGAUGCCAAAUUGUCGAUGUGGCCUCUUUAAGUAAUGUGUUUCCAGAUGUUGAUUAAUUAAGUGGGGACUAACGAAUUCUAAAAUGAGAUUCAGUCAUUUAGGUUCUGUUUUCCUUUUCAGAAAGCAGUGUGUAAAAGUGGUUAUAUAUGCUAAGGUGAUGACAUAAACUUAACUGUAUUAACUUGUUAGAUUAGUAUGUUUUUAUCAACGUUUAGAGUAACUUUCUAGGAGGCUCUCAAGCUCUUCCUCAUAAAAAGGAGGAGAAAGGUGUAAUUGUAAUAACAACUAUCAUUUCCGUGAGUUUUUAGUCAGUAGUAUCAAUUUAAAUUACAUUAUAUUAAAAAUUAAUAAAUUGAUUCCUAGAUGUCAGUAAUGGUUCUUUAGGUAGUUGCACUUAAGGAAAUUAAGGAAAAGAACGUGGAAAAUAUAUUUCACCGAAAAUACGAGAAUCCACACGUUCACUAUAUCAAUUUCCCGACCUUCGUUUUUGGUUUUCGGUUUUCGGUUUUUUUGUUUUUUGCUUCCUUAUCCUUUCAGUCUCUGCUCCUGCCUUACUUUCUCAACCUUCUCAACGUUGCCUCCCUUGGAUAGAGACGGAAGAUUCACCUACGACUCACAUGGCCGUAGAAUGUCCUCGAACACAGGCGUAAAGAAUGGUGAAUUGCAGAUAUAAGAGGCAGUUUGUGUCUCUAUUAACUCUCCAAAACAUUCUCAAUAAUUAAAAGACAUUUUUGGAUGUGUCCAGCAAAUUUACCGAAAUUUACAGAAGCGGGUGCGGGGGUUGGGGUCUUGCAGUGUGUGAUAACUUAUAUGUGCUGAAGAAAUUUCAGGGACAUGACUGUUGCCACACUUUUCCAGAUUCUCCUAACAUCAGAGGCAUUUUUUCGACUCAUGUCAUUCCUUAAAAGCUUUGUCCCGAGUAUGAGAUGAAAUUUUUGAUCUUUACAACAAGAUUGUAGAGCAAAGAUUCGUGAAAAGACGCCAAGCAACCAUUAUCUCUCAAGUCGUAAAACUGUAGAAUUUAGCUUAGCUUCUUGCCACCUUCGACUAUAUAUGGUUAUAGAUCAGUGAUUAUUAUUGAAGUGGAAAUAUGGAUAAGUGUGAGAAUAAAAAAAGCGUGAUAUGGGGCUUAAGCACUUUCAAGCUAAAGUCAAAAUACACUGUAAUAUUCGUGGAUUUUGUCGUGUGUGGUUUUACAAAAACUUGUCAUGUCGAUGGGGCUUAUUAUUCGCUUGCACAGUUUGAACACAACUGAAACAAGUCGGUUCCCAUGAUGACAGUCCCCUGCAGAAAGGAAGCGAUAAAUGUUUCACAAUAAAAAAAAGUCUAACUUCGGGCAAAAGGUCUUUGAAAAGACGUGAAGUGAAGCAUGGACGGGGCUUUUCAUCACCUUGGCCAUUGCUCGUGAAACCCGCUGUACAACAAACUCAUAGGGUCUGAAUUAGAGGCGGCAAGGGGGGGGGGGGUUAGGGUGGAAGUGAUCUGCUUCUGAAACUUGACCACUUGAAAACUGGUCCCACGAGAUAAUUUAAAUCCUUCUUUAACGUUCCAAAAAUUUCGGGUCAUUAAUAUUCCAUCAAAUGUGGGCGGACGAAGGAGCGUAUAAACAUUUGAUAAACAGUCUUCAUGUAGCUUUGUGUCAUAUGUUACACUUGCACGGACAUCAUUAAGCCAGAAUAGAUAAACUUUUAAAUAACAACUUCCUCUAUGCAACUGUAUAAAAACCAUUAAUAUGAAUUAAGUAUAAUGGAGUUUCACCAACCAACUACAUUCCAAAGAAACUAAUUAAGUUUUGUUUAUCAAAAACUCACUGUAGCUGUUUGCUAAAAUUAUAACGGGCUUUAUUUUUUUACAUUCUCUUUGUACUCUAAAGCUUCGUUCUCACCGGUUUGACUUCACUAAUUCCAGAAGGACAAGGUAAGAUUUUCCUACAAUAAUGUCUUAUUCAUAGUCAGAGUAAUAUUUUGAAGUUUACGAGCGCAUUUUAAUACUCUUUUGUUAUCUUUAUUAACUUUAUUGAAAUAUUCGCACAAGACUCUUCUCCUAGUAUUGGUAUAAUUAAUUAUUUCGUCUCAAUACUCACUCUUCGCGCAAUAGUAUUGGAUAACAAAUACAUUUUACAAGAGGUUCGUGAAUAUUUUGCCAUUUUGCAAUCCAACUUUUUGAAGCAAGAUGAGUACAAACGGAUGAAGUUUUAGGGAAAUAGUUUUUGAAGAAGCCUAAAGCGAAGGUUUACCUGAGGGUAAUUAUUCACGUCUCUGCAAUGCUGUUCAUGAACAUUUUUAACUUUUCGAUUCCAAAAGAUGGAUAAGAUGACUAGUGACAGACUUUUGCAUUUUAAAAAGAAGGUGAGAGGUUUAUUUAAACUUGACUGAAAAAGCUCGGCCGGAUCAAUAUAAAACUUGACACAGCUUUUCUACGGUUUCGUCACAAAAAAUUAAUUCUUAUGGGCCACAUGACGAUUAAAAAAAAAAGCAGUUCUUUAAACUUUUCGCCGAAACAUGUUACGUGGCUCUUUGUCACAAAUUGGCUCUAAAGUUGAUCUUAAGCUUUGUUCAAAUUUCACAAAAUCUUAAUCAGAAGAUUCGUGUAUUUCCGGUUUAAAUCACUUAAACGUAUCCACAAUAGUCCGUAUGCUUUUAAAUUGAUGCACCCUAAACGGCAUGAAUCUUAGAAACUUUUUAUAAGCUGAUUCUUCCUUCGAGCGCUGAAUAUCGAUAAGAUGUCUACAUGUAUAAUUAAUUAGUUUGGACAAUUACCAAUUUUGUAAAACUCCUAUCGCUUAUAUAUUUUUCGUAAAGAUUCGUAUAUCAAAGCAUAGCAUAGACUUCUUAUCUGUUUGUACCGAUUGAAAAAACUUGUUUUACCGCGAGAAAGAAAAAUAAAAUUAACAAACAAAGAAAGCAGAACAGAACAAAAAAGCAACUAUUCCAAAUAUAUUUGUCCCCUUGUUUUAGGCAGAAUAAUAAUAACCUGCAUGAAGCGAUAUCGCCAUAGCAAGUAAAACAACAUCUGUCGGCGAGUCUCAUGCGUUCAGUAGAUUUCAUUUGGUAUCACUAAAGAGAUCACAUGCAAGUUAUUAAAAAACUGUUAUGAAUAAUUUGCCCCAAAGGUGGUUUGUUUGUUUUCGGCUACUAAGUAAGGGUUCUUUACCAAUGUGAUCUACAACUGAGCCAUGAAAGUAGGAAUGAAAUCACUUUAUUAAAAGCACCUGGUAAGGGUAAUUAUCUUCUACGUUAUUUGGUUCUGAAGGGUUUUUAGGAUGGGUAGAUUAGUUUUUGAAUAAAGACACUGAGUGGGUGGUUUGUUUCUCGGCUAUUAAAUAUAGGUUCUUUACCAAAGUGAUCUACAACUGAGCCAUGACAGUAGGAAUGAAAUCACUUUAUUAAAAGCACCUGGUAAGGGUAAUUAUCUUUUGUACGUUAUUUGGUUCUGGAGGGUUUUUAGGAUGGGUAGAUUAGUUUUUGAAUAAAGACACUGAGUCGCAAGGAGCUUUGUCCGCUCCACAAUAAAGUUGUCAUAACUUAAGGGCGGUCUUGUGGUCAGUUAUUGUUAUGAAAAAUACCUGAUUAUGAUUAACAUUUGGGGUUUUCAAUGAGACAAAUAGCAAUUUUUAAGGGAAGCGCGAUCAAUUCUUCCGAGAAAAGGAAACAAAAAUUUCAUCAUAGACGCUAAGGACCGAAAACUAUUCAUCCGUGUUAUUAAUAUUUGUCCUCAACAGUUUGGAUUGAAAAAGUGCUGCACUGAAAAAGGCUUUUACAGUUCCAUGCUCUCACCUCACAAAAACGUCUCUUUUUGUGGGAGAACACCAAAUGUACAACGCCUUACCAAAAGGUUCUCUCAUUUUGUGAAUGCUGAAAUCCUCACCGACGACACCACCUCUGACUAAAAUCAUCUGCGAGAAGAAAUCAACUUAAUACCAAGAGAUCUAACUCAAUACUUAAUUUUCCUGAAGAAAUGCUAUUGCUAACCGAAGUACGGGAUGCUCUUAAAACUGAGGGCGUUAAUGGACAACGCUAAACCUGAAAACAGUCUAGUUAUUCAGUAUGCAGCUGUCCACAAGUUUUGUUUUUGUGUUAAUUCUAACGUAAAACGUUUUCGACUUUUCCCACAAAAAGUGAACCGAGAGGAUAUUCAAAACUAAAUAGAUCGUCGCUCAAAUUCAUCACACAGAAGUAAAUAGAGUAGUACUGUAAUCUAACUCUUCUUUCGCUGAAAGAAUACAACGAAUUCGAAGAGAAUCAAACUCAACUGAUGGAAAAUUAAUGUGAUUUAAAUCUUUGACCUGUUUACGAAUAUUUGAGUUCAUACAAAAGAAAACAUCACUUUGCUUCGAAAACUCUAUCAUUUUAAGAUUAUUUUAAAGCGAAUCAUGUUUCUCUUAAAUAAGUUUAUGACAGAAAGGGGGUUUCUAUUCUAACUAUCCACUGUUCUCAGUCAACCUUAAGAAACAGGUUCAUUCAUUGAUGUCGUAAUACCCGGCCCGUACCUCUCAAUGAAUUUCGUUUUUCAGGAAAAAUGCCUUGGAUAUUUCGUUAUUUUCUUGUCUGUGUCUCGGUCACCAACCUUGUAAUCGCUGAGGAUCAAUGCAGGAUAGAAAUAAACAUUCGUGGCAUGGCUCUCAAAGGUUUCGCUUUUAAGAGAAUGGCGGUGGCGGCUCCUCACAUCUGUGAUAUCUUAUGUGAAAGGGAAAUUGUCUGCCAGAGCUAUAAUUUCAACAGAAAAGAACAGAUCUGCGAAUUAAACAACCGCACAAAGGAUGCAAGACCCGAGAAUUUCCGCUCAGACCCAGCGUGGUUUUAUGUUCGCCGUUUAAACGGAAGAGGUAAGUACUCAACCAUGCACUUUGAAUAAAAAUCAUGCUGCUUACAGUCCGUGUUUUCCAAUCUCCCGCGCCCGUUGGUAUCAAGUUCUCUAUCAAAAUAGAAAAUUUCAUCCUUUUCUUUUUUCCUUUAAGUUUAAAUAUUUUUUUAACUUAUUUUUAAAAAAGCAGCUCUAUAAACAUUGACACCAAAUGAUUGUGUUAUUUCUACAAGAAGCUUAGGGUCAGUAAAGAACUUUGAAGAAUUGGAAGCUCGAACGAGGGGUUUAGGCGAGAGGGGUCCUGUCUCCCCAGAGGGUUGUGCUUGACAGAAAGUUGAAAUAUUUCACAACCAAAGAAGGACAUUCAAGUGAAUGGAAUUCGAGCUUAAUUCUAUUCUCUCGUGCUUUUCACUUUUUCCUUUCCAUCUGCGCUUACGAAUACUUUAUUUUCAACAUUUUUACCCGUACCAGCUCCUUUGGGUUCGAUACCGGAGUUACCAGCACGUUCAUGCCGAGAAAUAACAUCAAGCGAAGGGAAAGACACACCAAGCAACAAUUACUGGCUGGAUCCAUCUGGCACUGGGAAAACAGUGUUGGUUUACUGUGAUAUGAAUUUGGAAGGUAAUUCACAUUUAACCCGUUGUAGCUUUCAUUGUGUGUUUGAAUUGUCGCUUUUUUUGGUAGCGUCCUUGGUUGCUUUAAGAUGUAAAAAAUCCUGAAAACAAUGCAUUGCGCAGUUUCAGCUGUAUAUUUAAAAGAAAAAAAAAUACCCAAGAGGGAAAAAAUACAAGCAAAUAGACAGGGUUUAACCACACUACACUUUUAUAAAGUUUUGAAAAAUAUUCUUGCUUUAAACCCUUUGCACCCUAACAUCAGUAUGCAUAUUCUCCAUACUUUUCUCUGUACAUUUACUAAGGUGCUGACAAGGAGAAUUUGUUUGACAAUCAAGAGGUUUCUUUAGUUGGUGAUCAUUUCCUUUAUUCUUGUGACCUUAAUGUUUGAUUCAGGGCUGAUAUGGUAUGGAGAAAUUAGAUGCCAGUCACUCUUAGGGCUUAAAGGGUUAAUAUUGCAGGCAUUGUUCAUUUUGUUGGAAGAAAAUAGAAACAUUCUUUUUGUGUUAUGUGGCCAUGAUUGUCAACUUAGUACAAUGUACUGUUUCCCUGCUAAAUUAAUGUUGAUUAAAUUUUACUUUUUUCUUUUUCACUCCCCAACAAGAUCAUGAUGAAUGCAUCAGUGGAAACAAUGCCUGUGACUUCAAUGCAUACUGUACCAACACUGUGGGUUCCUAUUACUGUACCUGCAAGGAAGGAUACACUGGCGAUGGAGGCUCGUGUUCAGGUACAUUAUUAUUUUAAUCAUUAAAUAUGUAAUUAAAUUUGAAAAUUUAGAAGAUGUUUAGAAUGCUUGUACGCAAAAUCCUUGCAAGAAUAACGCAACAUGCCAAGCUAGGUUUACAGACACAGAUUAUCACUGUUUCCGUGUUAGUGGAUCUGGAUUUAAAGGCCAUGAUUGUGAUGAGGGUAAGGAAUCUUGUAUUUUUAGUUAGGCAGAAAAAUGAUGCGUAAGUGAUAAGCUCCGCAGGCCUCUCUCUCAAAUUGAAGUUAUUUUAGCUGAUUGGGCAGACUUAUUUGAAAUGGAUGAAUACCAAACAACCGCAAACACCUCAAUAGUUUGAUAGUCACAGAACAUCGCAGGUAAAAGCCUUUGCCUUUCAUAGCUUGCGAGAAGAAUAAUCCAGAAUGGCAUAAGUUAUUCAAAAUACAAAAGAGGACUUACAUAUGAACAACUCUUUUGCUUCUCAUGGUUCAUCUUGAAAUGGGAUUCAUCGCUCAUUUUUGUUUUUUAUCUCAUUCAGUCUCAAUUUUUCUUAGACGCGGUUUCUUACCCACCAUCUAUGCGAACAGUUUCCUUUUUAACGAAGCAAAUGUCAAUAGAACUGAGUACAAAGUUUACGCAAAGAUCAGACGUGGCCCCAUAUCUAGAUAAGAACAUAAAAAAAUUAAAAUCUUUAAAUCUUUCUCAGCUUAGAUAAAGUCCAUCGUCUUCUCUUUCCUUUUGUAGACAUAGACGAGUGCUUGUCUGGUAAACAUAGCUGUGAGGGUAAUACCACAUGCAACAACACCAUUGGAUCGUACUCCUGCAGGUGCAAGAAAGGAUACCAGGGAAAUAAGACAAACUGUACUGGUAAGUAUUCUUAUCUGACAACAGGAAACGAUCGCGUGAAUACGAAAAUUCGUGCAGCCAGAGCAAGUAAAAAAUAACCUUCAUAUACUAAUGAUAUUCAUUUUGUUGUCUAAGACAUAGAUGAGUGUUUGAACGGAACACACGGUUGUGAUGUGAAUGCUGAAUGUAACAAUACCCUGGGAUCUUACAAGUGCACGUGUAAAGAUGGAUUUCAAGGAAAUGGAACUAAAUGCACUGGUAACUAGUUCUGACAUAUUCAUACUCCGUCUGUUAUCUUCAGUUUUUCAGAUUAGUUAGAGAAACGGUCUCAUUUACAUUAUUUUCCUUUUCGUGUUCUAGAUCUAGAUGAGUGUAUGAUCGGAACACAAAACUGUGAUGUAAAUACUAAGUGUAACUAUACCCCAAGAUCUCACAAUUGCUCGUAUAAAGAUGGAAUUCAAGGAAAUGGAACUGACUGCACACGUAACCAAUUGCAACAUAUCAUAGUCUCUAUUUUCUCGAUGAUACCUGUCAUGUGACAGAAAGGAAUGACCAGAAAACAAAACUGUUUUUUGUUCAUUUAGAUACCAACGAAUGCACUGAAGGAAAACAUGAUUGUGAUGUAAAUGCUGAGUGUAACAAUACCUUGGGAUCUUACAAAUGCACUUGUAAAGAUGGAUAUGAGGGAAAUGGAACCAACUGCACAGGUCAGUAACAAGCCAAGAAACCAAACAAUGUCAAAAUAACUUUCAUAUACUGAUGGGAUUUAAUUUUGUUGUCACAGACACAGAUGAGUGUUUAAAGGAAAUACACGGUUGUGAUGUGAAUGCUGUGUGUAACAAUACCCUGGGAUCUUACAAAUGCACUUGUAAGGAUGGAUAUGAGGGAAAUGGAACCAACUGCACAGGUCAGUCACAAACCAAGGUACCAAACAAUGUUUUCACAAUUAAAAAAAGUUAACUGUCAAACCAAUUGAUGUAAACUUGGCUGCCUCAGACAAGAAACGCGGUAUUGACAACAUGUAAGUUAUUGGUUGAACAGACGCCAGCACGAGACUAGCAAAAUUGUAGGGUGCUCUGCAAGUGAACACUAUUCCAAAACUUUUGGCGUAUUGAUAGUGCUGUUUGUUUCCUCCUUUAUUUAGAGAAAUUAUGGUCUGUUAUCAUUUGCGAGGGAGGAAAUAGGACCAUAAGUUGUGAUAUUGACCAAAGAACUAUCGAAGUUGUCGAUGCAAAUUAUGGUAGACUGGACUCAAACACUUGCCAUCAUUCCGAAGUUAGCAAUACAGACUGCAAAGCUGCGAACUCUCUUUUCUUUGUGCGGUUGAAGUGCAAUUACAAUUAAAAAAAAAGUUAACUGUCAAACCAGUUGAUGUAAACUUGGCUGCUUCAGACAAGAAACGCAGUAUUGUCAGCGUGUAAGUUAUUGGUUGAACAGGCGCCGGCACGAGACUAGCAAAAUUGCAGGGUGCUCUGCAAGUGAACAUUAUUCCAAAACUUUUGGCGUAUUGAUAGUGUUGUUUGUUUCCUCCUUUAUUUAGAGAAAUUAUGGUCUGUUAUCAUUUGCGAGAGAGGAAAAAGGACCAUAAGUUGUGAUAAUGACCAAAGAACUAUCGAAGUCGUGGAUGCAAAUUAUGGUAGACUGGACUCAAACACUUGCAAUCUCACAGUUAGCGAUACAAACUGCAAAGCUGCGAACUCUCUUUUCAUUGUGCGGUUGAAGUGCAACGAAGAAGCUAGUUGCGAGCUGCACGCAGAUAAUUCAGUUUUUGGAGAUCCAUGCCCAGGCACAUAUAAAUACUUGGAAGUCAAGUACAAGUGUGUGAAUUUAGGUUAGUACCUAUAGCUAUUGUUGUAUGCUGUGAACUGGGGGAGAAAUGGCCUUUUGCUGCCAUUUAGGACGCAUUUAUUCUAGAAUUGCAUUAGGCGCUAGAUCACCCGUCCAUUUUCAGUCAGGGGCGUAUUUAAAAAAAAUACGCAAAGAAGCAAUCGCUAAUAUAGUCAGUACUCAAAUAUCAAAUCUUUUUUCGAAUUAAUACCUUUGCACUUUUAUCAAAGACAUGGUGGAUAAGCAUUCAUUUGUUUCCGGGGUUUCAGUUUCAUUUUCCCUUGAGUGGCGCCCGCAAAAGCAAAGGAAAACUCGACAAGGUGGUCUGGGAUAGAUUUUAUGCACUAGGGAAAAAGUUCUGAACUGCCGUCUGGUCGGUGAACCCUAGGUGGAUCAUGUGUACACCAAAGGAGUGCAAACUGACAAUUUUCAAGCCGUAUGCAGAAAAAUUCAAUAUUAGCAUGCCAGACCAUUUUCCUGCAUAAAUGGUGCGAUAAAAAAGGUUCAAUUCAAUAAUUCUGGAUCGCACCUUCGUGUACGUUGCUGAUGAGCACUGCCGGCUGAACUAGAAGCAAAUGAAAAUUUAGAGGUACCCUCUGUCUUGACUCCUGGUUAAUCAUUCAGUAGCACAACAAGAUAGACUUAUUGUAUACAUUGAAGAGAGAAUGUCCACUAAGACCGAGCGAAAAUGGAAAUUCGUGGUACAUCUCGAAAAAUCAAAAUUCUUCAUAUUUUCUCUGAAGAUACCCCAUAGUGGCUUAAGAAACGUGAUAGUAUUUUUUAUAGAAAUAUCUUUUUAAGAGCGCUUGUCUGUAAAAAUCAGACAAAUUCUAAAUUUCGCGGCAAGGGUGAAAAAUUCGAUUUCUUUCUUAUUUUAAUAGUAGAAAGGCUAGACUAUAACUAAAAUCACUGGAUACUUUUUUUGGCAAAAUAUCUUUAUUUCAGAGAAAAAUGCAAAUUAAAAAAUUCUGUUAAAAUCGUCAUUUUUAGCAGAAAUUAUUGCACAAGUUUGAGGGUUUCGUAUUCAAAAACGAAUCACUAUCUCGUCUUUUUAACACUCAAAUCUUCUUUUUUAACCUCAUAAGACCUCACAAAACGAUUUUUGUAUACACUGCGUUCCUCUUUGCGUGUAAAAUAAUUUAAAUUCGAAAGCAUACAUUUCUCUUCAGUAAAAGUACUUUGUGAGUAAAGUUAAUUUUCAGCAUGUGCUAAACCUUCAAAUGGAUUAAGCUUUUGGCGGUAGAAUUGCGAAAAGAUGUUCUCAAUAUAACUGUAAAAAUUUCUUUGGGCAAAUGAUUGAGAGCGAUACAAAAGCUUUUCAAAGUCCGUUAAAAUGCAGUUAUUUGAUCUUUCGCGGUCAACAUUCCAGUCGUGAGUCACACACAUAUUUUAAUAUGUUUCAAUCCAUAUGAGGCCGGAAAAUGUACAUGGGUACACAUUUCCAAAUGCUCUAACCUCGUUUGCCGUAGAAGAAACAUCCAAAGACCAUUUUACUGUGGUUAUCUAGUCGCUCGUCGUAUUUAUAAAGUCCGAUGAAACUGCCUGUCAAUCUGCGAACUGUCACCAACCUUCGUUGUAAAACGUUUGACAUCUUUCUGCACUGUGGCAUCUUAUCCAGCGGUUCAGUUGACUUUGAGUGUUGUUCGGUUUGUGGUGCAGCAGAUCUGAUCGAUGCUUUUAAAAGUGGCACUUCACAUGUUGCAGUCAACGUAGUGUUGUAUACGGAGAGUCGUCACGCAAUGCAAAUCAUACAAUGGAAAGUUAUUUUUUAGGGGGUAGGGGAAGGGGAGAGUAAAAAGACGUCACUCUGCUGCUCAAAUUUUUUGUUCUUGUGAACAUCGAAAUCUCUUACAUGUAAGUCGCGGAGAUAGGGGCCUUUGGCUAACACUCAUUAAAAAGCUAAAUUUAGUACCUGCUAAAAGUAGUAAGCCUAAGUAAACAAAACCUGGUUUAUGGUAAUUACACGAUGCCUAUUGUUUGCUUACAGGCGGGGCUUCGGACUUUUGUUUUUUUCACGAAUGCACUAACUAUGGAAGGUUGUUGUUCGUUCAAGUCGCUUAUCGGCGGAGUUUGUUGUUACAACACUAGAGAUCGAAAGCGUGAAACGGAAAUUGUUCCAUUACUUUCAUCCACCUAGAAUAUCGCAAGUCAUAAGUCGGCUUUCAAAUUUACCGGUCCUGAAGAUGAGAUCGACGUAAUUUUGUGCCGAGCGCUCAUAUGUCGGCCCCUCCGUAGUUUAAGGUUUUAAACGGUAGUUGGGUCUGUCAACAGUGGUUAAUAGUACCACUCCCUUUUGCAAGCCCCACCCAUUGGCCACGGAACAGCACCCCUGCCUCACAUAAGCCACACAUCCCCACCACUGCGUUUUGUAGCAUGGUGCAGUAAAAAUAAUAAAAGGUUCUCUUUCAUGCUAUUCGGGGUAUUCCUUGCAAUUUUAGUGGAAAGAAAAACACCCCUAACGAGUACGAAAAGCACAGAGCGUCAAAAAAACAAGAAUAACAAAUAUUUGUCAUCAGACAAAGAUGACACUAUUACAAAAAUGGUUACAGAAUAAAAUAUUUUGUAGGUUCCAAGAGUUCAAUUCUGAUAGUGCUUAAUUAUAUGGAGUUUUGCCCCUCACCUACCCCCUAAAGUUCCUUUGUCACCGGUAUUGCGUGACAACCCAAAUACUCAAAGGGCGUACAUGUUUGCAGUCAACUCAGUUUAGCAUUGAAUUAGACUGUCGGAUGUAAUCUUUUAGUGAAUUGUAAACUGAGCAAUACUCACAGUCAACUGAACCGUUAAAUAAGAUGCCACAGUGAAGAAAGAUAUCGAACGUUUGACAACAAGAUGGUGUUCGACAAGGUUGGUGGUUUCAUCGGACGUUAUCAUUUAUACAGACCUAAAUACGACGAACGAUAAGAGAAUCACACUAAAAUGGUCUCUGGAUCGGUCUUCUGCGGCAAAUGAGGUUAGAGCAUUUGGAAAUAUGUUUCUAUGUACAUUUUUCGGCCUCAUAUUAGUUGAAACAUAUUGAAAUAUGUGUGACUCGCGACUGGAACUAGUUCAAAUAACUGCAUUUUAACGGACUUUGAAACGCUUUUGUAUCGCUCUCAAUCAUUUGCCCAAACUAAUUUUUACUGUUAUAUUGAGAACAUUUUUUCGAAAUUCAACCACCAAAAGCUUAAUCCAUUUGAAGGUUUAGCACAUGGUGAAAAUUAAUUUUAUUCACGAAGUAUUUUUACUGAAGAGAAAUGCAUGCUUUCGAAAUUAAAUUAUUUUAAGUGCAAAUUUAAGAGCGCUUGUCUGUAAAAAUCAAACAUAUCGCGGCAAGGGUGGAAAAUUCGAUUUCUUUCAUAUUUUAAUGUUAAAUAGGCUAGACUAUAACUAAAAUCACUGCAUACUUUUUUUGGCGAAAUAUCUUUUUAUUUCAGAGAAAAAUACAAAUAACGAAAUUCCGUUAAAAUCGUCACUUUUAGCAGCAAAUUAUUGCACGAGUUUGAGGGCUUCGCGUGCGAAAACGAACCACUAUCUCGUUUUUUAAACACUCAAAUCUUCUUUUUCGAUCUCACAAGACCUCACAAAAUGAUUUUUGUAAACAUUGCGCUCUUCACGUUCAUAAAAUAAAAAAGCCGUCACGAGCCAAAAUGUCCUGAAAGGUAUCCGAAAAAUAUGUGAUUGGUACCUUCCCAUAUUCGCAUCAUAGAAAGAACCGUUUCGUGCUUUCAACAUUGCUGUUGAAGUCUUUGCAAGUAACUUGACUUCAGUCUCACGCUAGUGAAUAAAAUUUAGAAUUCACCUUCGAAAAAUUCGUAAUUUAGCGUGUUUUUUUUAAGGGACAUUUUUUGUAUCCGGUAAAACAUCGAAGAACUUGAAAUUGAUAUUCUUAAGAGAAUAAAUGCUGGUCUAAAAUGGGGUGUAAAAAUUAGUUUCGGGCUUUUUACCAGCGCCGAGUAGGAGGCCUCUUUAAAUAGCGGUUAUCACAACAAAAGCGUGUCAACCGGAAGUCAACAAAUAGCACAUUCUCCAAACCCGUAAGCAAAAGAUUGUAAAAUUUUUACAUUAUAAUUGAUCUGUUUAGUCGUCACCAAUCCACAGCGUUGAAGAACUGCAUUUUUAGAUCCUCUAAAUAAUAUAUUGACUAAAUAUCUAUUUCCGUGAGUAUUUUAUCGCUAGACAUUUUAAAAUUAGUAUCGCCCUGAGCCGGAUCAACUUACAUGGGUUUAUUCAAUUUUCCCAGCUUAUUUUUUUCAUGAUCUUUUAGAAGCAAAACAAAAUACCAAGAAGCCACACGAAUAGACGAAAUCUAAAUUCCCAUUAUGCAGGGCUUCAAGGAAACGAACAAAUUGACGACAUCUAGGAAAAAACAAUAGCGACCAUUUCAUUACAUCGACAACCUAGUUCUUAGAUUGGGGUGGGAAGAAGAGAAACCUUGGGAACGAGGUUGCGACAUCAGUAAAUGGAUUCCAAAUUGGCGACACGGAUAUCCCACCUUAAAAGGCUUCAGAGACAGCUAUUACCACCAUUUUUUUUCCAUCUUAGGGGCACAUUUAAUUGACACACUUCAUUAUAAUCAGUCGUCGUCGUUAACAAUCCUAAGGGGUAUUCAGGCCGGCGACAAAGAUUUUUUCCCCGUGCUCCCGACGAACCUUACGGCAUGACUAAAUGAAAGUUCUGUUGGAGCAAUUUAAUAACAUUGGCUUGGACACUCAUUCCUCAACGCUGACAUGCACAUUCCUCGCAAAGCGACUGCAGUUUUUUCGAUGUAAGGCUUCUUGCGACUGUUACAUCUGAAAGGUCAAUGUUAACCUAGGUGGGACUCCCAUAUAAAAAUGACAGGAGUGCUCGUCGGAGAAUUUCGAAAAACCCCUAAAAGGUACCAAAAUAGUGUUUAACGGGCGUGGCCCAGAUUCAUUUAGAUGUACUAAUAAUUCCAAAUAUAUAAGUUAUUUGCAAAUGCACUCACGGUCUUGUCAUUUUUCAGAACGAUAACCUUAAAUUCCCCUAAACUGCAGCAACUCUAGCGGCGGUUGUUAAUGACAAAAAGCAGGAGCCCAUGGGCUCCUGCAAAAAGCUAAAAGCCGCAGAAUAUCAAUUCUCGCUUCAACAAGUAGAAACUUGGUUUAAAAUUUAUAUGGCCGUAUCAAGGAAGAGCGAACGAAUAUUGUUAAUUUUUUUUGUGCUCUUGAUUUUGUCUUGUUUGAAUUAAACGGGGAAUUAAUUUUUUUCAGGCCUUAUUUUCACUACUGCCUAAGUAGUGCACAUCGCUGCGAGGAUCACUUUCAUUCACGUCUUUAUCCGCAGUUCAAAUAUAUGACUUUCAUAUAUUCUUAACCGUCUAGGGUUUCUAUAUAUCGUGGGCUUUCAAAGUUUUAUGCGAGAAAAUGCUUGAUAACAUCGAUGAAGAGGUCUUAUGCUCUUGAUCUGUUAAAAUGGAAGAUUAUACACCAAGCUCUUCGCAACAACGUUUAUUCAAAAACAUGUAAACAGGAUUAAGGAGAUAUUUUAUCAUUAAGAAAAUACACCUGAUGUGGACAGAAGCUAAAAUGUACUCAGAUUAUGUAAAAUGGAGAAUAUCUACCAAUGACGUGUGAGCAAUUUAAGGUAUAUUGAGAUGUUGCGACUCUCUUUUUUCAUUUGGUAAUUUUAGAUUUUCUUUUGUUUUAAAAUAGAUUUACGUUGUCAAAGAACACUUGGUAUGGAAAGUGGUGCAAUAAUCGAUGAGCAGAUAAGUUUGUCAUCCCAAGAAGAGAAUGAGGCGAAAAUUGUAAGAUUGCAUCACACAGGGAGGACUUGGAUAGCUGAUAGGAAUGAUUAUAAUCCGUGGCUUCAGCUCGAUCUCAGAGCUCAAAACACUGAAGUAACACGAGUAGCAACACAGGGAUCCCAUCAACAUAACAAAUGGGUGAAGAAGUACAAGCUACAAUACAGCAACUAUGGAGUGAGAUUUCAAAACUACAAGGAACAAGGACAAACCAUAUCAAAGGUAAAACUGAUCAGAGGCGUGGAAGGGUUCUAAAACAUGAGCUGCUCAUUAAACACAAAGCCAAGUUCAUUCCUUAACUCAAACUUCCCAAUGUGUUCUUUGAGUAGUUUGUUAGGACAAACAGUCCACUUUGCAAUCGGACCAGCUUCGUUUCUCGAUUUGUUACGAUGUAUGAGUCGGCAGUUGUUCAAGAAAAUUGUUACAAUGUACGAAAAUUUCAUACAUUUACCAUUUUGUUUGCCUGGGGACAAAUCUCAUCUAUUCAGUUUUUUAGUAACCUCAAACAGAUAUCUGUGGAAAAACUUCGACUUAAUCUUAACUUACGGUGGCAUGGGAUUUCAUGAAUUAAGUCGCUCGUGAGAUAUUUCACGGUUUACCCAGCGAAAAGCAUUGCAUACUAUAAGGCGGGCACGUACCGCGCAUUUUAAAUAAAAACACUCAACAUUUAUUUCACAUCUAUUAUGAUGCAGGAAUUUGACGGAAACACAGACAAGACCAAUGUUGUUUAUCACGAUCUGAACCCGCCAAUCACAGCAAGGUACAUACGUUUUCUAUCCUUGGAGUGGAAUAACGAGACAUCAAUGAGAGUUGAGCUGUAUGGAUGCGUGAAAGGUAAGGAAAAUGGCUUUCCUCUAAAGCUUAUAAUUAUUGUAUCUAACCGGCUCAUUAAAUAAGCUGAGUAAUUGAUACUGUUUUGAACCGAAUCCAUCGAUCCUCUGGUCAAGAAAAACCAGAUAAAGUUUAUGAAAGUUAGAAGUUAAAUCAGCCAAACCAAAAACGGAACUAAAUAUCAAAAGCAGUGAUUGGUGUGUCCAGAAAUUUCUUCUAAGUUUCAAUCAAACGAAACUAAGGACAGUUUUCUUCUAAUAGGCUUGAGAUAGAAAAGGACUACGCAUUUCGGUUGAUCUGAUCAUAGAAGCUCUUUAAAGUUCAUUUUGUUGCAAGCUUCUGUAAUUAUGUUAACGAAAUUUUCAGCUCAAUGUUACCUACACUUGAUUAAUUGCUUCAUGAUCUCAUGGCUGCUUUUAUUUCGCUGCUGGAGAUAAGUUGUAUUUGUAAAACGCCUGUUAACCUUUUGUAAACAGAAUGUGGAAGAUUUCUCGGCAUGCAAAGCGGUGAAAUCUCUGAUGGACAAUUAAGCGCCUCCUCAGAGAGAGACUCUAAACACUCCGCCACUCAGAGCAGACUUCAUGUUGUAAAUCCUGACAGAGCGGGAUCUUGGGCAGCUGCAAAGAAUGAUACGGAUCAGUGGCUCCAAGUUGAUCUGAUUAUUCUGCACACUCAAGUGACACGUGUGGCAACACAAGGAAAUAAUGGAAACCAGGUGGAGUGGGUUACAAAGUACAAUCUUCAGUACGGCAACAGCACAGAAAGGUUCUACAAUUAUACAGUCCCAGGGCAAAAAACAACGAAGGUAAAAUUGAUUUCUUAUGUAUUGAUUCCCGUUUAAACAGGAAAAAAAGUAUUUAUGGAUCACCAUGGGCAGGGAUUUUGCAAACGCACCGCCAGUAAUAAUUGUAUGAUAUUGAGGCCCUAGAGAGGCACGAUUAGAGGAAUGGUGUAUAAAUGAGUUGUGGGGCUGUUUUCACAUCGUAAUAACUGAUAUUCAUGAAAUUAAUUCUUAUCAAAGAUUUAAUGGAAAACCUCUUAUGUUGUUAAUUCAAAGGUUUUUGCUGGAAACAUGGAUCAGAAUACCGUGGUUUAUCACGACCUUAACCCACCAAUAACAGCGCGUUACAUUCGAUUUAAACCAGUGGAGUGGCAGGACUGGAUGUCAAUGAGGGUAGAACUGUAUGGCUGUGUACAAGGUAAGGCCUGAAUAACAGUUACGAUUGAGCGGUACCUCUCGUAACGAGUAAUUCAUGCCAGAUAAUACUUCAUUUCCUGUUCAAAAGCGAGCGCUUGGAUAUUGUCUGCUGUGUGUCAUCUCAAUUAAAAUCGAGCUGCUACAAGUUGACGCGAGUUUUCUAGACCAAUAACAGGGCGAAGUAAGGCAAAACCAAUUCAAUCCCGGAAAACUUGCUAUAAUGAUAUGAAAAUUGCUCUGCAUAGCAUUUUUCAGUCGACUUAUCAGCUUUGAUCACAUGGAGUUCCUUUCUUCUUCACUCUCCUCUUUUCACUGUCACUUGUGAUCACCGAACCACAAACUGGAAUAAUUUUACGAGAAAAACUACUCUUAUUAUGGGAACGGGAAGGAAGCUUUUUCUUCUCUUAAGAAUUUUAGAUUCCCCAACAACAAAACCUGGUUAUGGCUCAACCGCACAGUUUAUGAAAGUAUCAUGCCGCUACUCACAAAAAACAUUUUGAUUCAAGUCGGCAAUCAAUAUCUUAUUGCUGAAUGUAAUCCUUAAAUGCAUUGAAGUAAGUCAAUGCCCGAAUAUCAAGGAUUUCUACCUUCUAAAAGUACAAUCGUGAGCAAGCGUCGGAAAAUGCACAGUAUGAGUUGUUCGAACACUCUAAGUGACUAAUGUUUUUAUUUCAUUUUUUUUUCGGUGAUUCAAUAAUUUAUGUAGCUGUAAGAACAUUUUCUCAGUAAUGGCACCAUUGGAAAUGGCAACGAAAAUUUUGACAAUCUCUUAACAGCAACAUUACUUUUAUUGUGUGUUUAAAUGCAGGAUUUACAGCUGUGUUUACAAAUCUUGGUGAGACUGGAUUAAAGGGUCCAGACUCGAUUGGUUGUCAUUACAAAGAUCAAGACCAUGACGGACAAGUUACAGUGUCCAGUGGUAUUCAACUGUGGACUGUGCCACGCACUGGUGAAUACAGAAUAGAAGCAAUAGGAGCCUCAGGGGGGUACAGUGAGGACAGUUUUAUCGAAAACGGAGGAAGAGGGGCACGAAUGAUUGGAAACUUUAAUUUGACCAAAGAUGAGAUCAUUCAUGUACUUGUUGGUCAAAAAGGGGGAAAGGGGAGUGUAAACUCAAAAACAGCCGGAGGUGGAGGAGGUACAUUUGUAGUGAGAGAAAACAACAUUUCCUUAAUCAUAGCUGGAGGUGGAGGGGGAAUUAAAAAGAUAUCGGAACAACAUCCAGGUUGUGAUGCGUCCAUAAACAAAACAGGAAAUGCAGGGAACAACUGGCCAUUGGGGACAGGAGGAAGUAACGGACAUGGAGGAAAAACGAGUGAUCAAUCUGAAGGUAAGCGGAGAAAGAAGAUAAAAAAAACAAUCAUUGUGUUCAAUCCAUCAGGACAGGAAGACAACAGUAAGAUUUAUCAGAACUUAAUUAUUGAAAUUACUAAUUCUAACUUUGAAGUUUUUCUUUUCUCGGGGGCACCUCUUAGAAUAUUAAAAGUUCAACUGAGUUUUCCGUUCAGUUUUAAAAACCGUACACAUUUAUUUACCACCGAUCCGUCGAUAUGCAUACGCAUCACUUUAUUUACAUUUGUCUUGUCCUGAUAAGCUUUUAAUAAUAAAAAUAAUAAUAAUUUGUUUCUUAUAGAGCGCUAUUUACAAUGACAGAUCAAUAGCGCUUUACAAUUAGUGUCUCUAAAUACUAAAAUCUCGACUAAUUAAAAAAGUAAUUACAUAUUACAGUUAACUUGGCUUUAUACAAUUCAUAACUUAACCACUAUUGAAAGAAUCGCCUGAAAAGAAAAGUCUCAAUUGAAUUCUUAAAAAUUUCUACAGAUCCAAUAUUGCGUAAUUGCAAUGGUAGCUCAUUCCAUAGAUGCGGUGCAGCCGCCUGAAAUGCACGUUCACCCAGGGUUCCCAGCAUUUUACCUCUUGGUGGCUCUAAUAAAAUACCUGAGUUAAAUAUCUAAGAUUGUACGAGGACUUACGUUUGAUAACCAAAAGAUUGCUAAUAUAUGCGGGUGCGAGGCCGUGAAUGGCUUUAAAAGCCAAUAAUAGAAUCUUAAAAUGUAUACGCGCUGGCACAGGUAACCAGUGUAACUCAAAGAGUGCUGGAGUAAUGUGAGAAUAUUUCCCGAUAUCCAUAAUUAGUCUAGCGGCGGCAUUUUGCACGCGUUGUAACUUAGCUAUUUGCUCUUUGAGAAGGCCAUACAAUAAAGCAUUACAGUAAUCUAACCUGCUCGUGAUGAAUGCGUGUACCAGGGUAAAUAAGCUGUCUCUCGUUAAAUACUACUUAAUGCAUCUAAUAUUAUACAAGUAGAAGAAACCUGCCUUACAUACAUUAUUGAUAUGGUGGCGCAUAUUCAGGUUUGGAUCAAGCCAGCUUCCAAGGUUCUUAACUUGGUAGCUAGGUUUUCUCUCUGAACCACCUACUUUAAUAUUCAUAGCCUGCAAUUUGUUAAGCUGCUGGCGAGUUCCAAUAAUAAUAAACUCAGUCUUAUCGUCAGUCAGAAGGAGUCUGUCAUGGAUCAGCCAGCGCCUGAUCUUCUCAAUACAACGUUCCAUCGCACGGACUGCAUCUUCCUGGGAUGUGUUACUAAUAGGUUUAAACUCAGAUAAAUCUGUGUGUCGACGGCAUAGCAAUGCACGUGUGGGAGUUGAUCCUCAACUACCCUGAAUAGCUUGGAUACAUAGAUGAGAAAGAGCAGGGGGCCCAGUCAUGACCCUUGUGGGACACCACACUCCAGACUAAAGCGCUCUGAAAGAGAUCCGUCAAUGGAGACUCGCUGACCUCUUUUCGCCAGAUAUGACCUAAACCAUUCCAAGAGCGAUUGACGAAGGGCUAAAGCUCGAAACGUCAGCUUUUUUACCCUUUUCGGAGGCUAAUUUACGUUUUCAACUCAGUUGUUAACACGAAAUUACCCUCUUAGAAUAUCAGUUUUCUAAAAAAUCCUAAUUAUACAUUCCUCGUGUACAUUUCUUUUGUUCUGAUAAGCUGUUCAAUUUCUAGCAAUUGACUACCCAAUAAUAUUUUUAAAUAAGCUUCUAAAGAUUGAGAAGCGCACUAAGUUGAUAACAUUGCGAAUCGUCGUUUAAACGUUCUCAAGUAAGUAAUCAAAUAGAAGCCAUUUAUGAGACAACUGCUUCUCGGUUUUCGUUUAUUGUAGGUGGUGGUGGCGGCGGCGGCUUCUACAGUAAUGGACAAAGUGCUUUGAGCGGUGCUGGUCGAGGAGGUAAAGGAUAUCUUCAAGGAGGAGAGGGUGGAAAAAAUAAGGGUGGGUUUGGAGGUGGCGGUGGUUUACGUGCAGGUAACCGUGGAGCUGGAGGCGGUGGAGGUUACUCUGGAGGAAAUGGUGGAGUUAAUGAACAGUUUUCUUGUGGAGGAGGGGGUGGAUCUUUUAACAGUGGGACAAAUCAGCAGAAUGAAUGUUGUUUUAAUAGGUAUGGACAUGGUAGAGUGAUCAUCACGUUUCUUCAGUGA